AUUUUAAAUCUUAUUUGACCGAUAUCAAAAGUUUAGUUUGAAAAUUUUGAAUUACAAAGGGGGAUCUUUUGAAAAGGCCAUUUUAACGAGCUACAAUUACUUCAUUUUUAAUGAAGGAUAUGGAGAUUUUGAACAGUAUUCAAUACCAAAUUCCAUAAAACAAUAUAAAAUAGAAGCAGAGCAAACACGGACCUCUUAAACAUCAGAGGUAGGAUUAGGUGCCAUGUAGGAUUGGGCAUCUCCUGCUCACCGGUCACAUCUGCUGCUUGCUCCUUGUCAUGAUCGACAAAUAACGGACAAAAGUGUGUAAGUGAACGUCAGCAUUUGACACUAUGAUAUAUUGUAUUCGAUAACAGUGUCAUUGUUUCGUACAUUGAACUUACAAAUAAUGUCUUUUAACACGGCUGCUAAUAUUCUUGUUUCCUCAACUUGUUUGUCAAUAAUAUACCUCUCUCAGAAAUGGUUCAUACGUAGAGCAUACUCUAACGUAUCGAAUCAACUGAGAUGUAUAAAUGCCAUAUGUAGCUAAUGAAAGUAUAUUGCUGGAUAAGUAAGGGUAGUUGACGAUAGGAAAGUAAAAGUAAUCACGUUUAUUACAGAGCUUAGAUGUUAGAUAACUAUUAACGUCUUUUUCAAGUUAUAUAUCCAUGUAUGAAAAAGAUGUGUCAGACUCUGUCGUAUCUUUUAUCUCAAGCUCACCAGGGCAUAUUGCAUUGACAUAGGAAUGGAAAUUACUAUUGUUAAUUGACAAUACGGCGUUUAUAUAUCUAAAUAUUGAGUUGAAAGCAAAAGCAAGUGUUUUCUUCUUUUAACGAAUAAUAUUUUCCAUAAAUUCUGCUUCAUAUGAAUAUAAAACGUUCGCUAAAUACGGAGUGCAAUUUUUACCCAUUAGAAAUCCAAUCGAUUAUUGGAAGAGCAGGCCUCUGGGCAAUAAAUCUUAGACAAGCACCCUUUUAACCUCAAUCUCAUUUUAAAUAAAGUUGUAUAAUAUAAUCAGAAAAACUAGUCUCCAUAACCUACAGUGGAAUUCGAACCAGAGACGUAAGUAUUGACUUACUUUGCGAAACUACCUCUCGCGAAGAAAAAAGAAUAAUACAAAUAGUCUUAGUGAUCGGAAGGAGAGAAUAUCUUCGUUGAAACGGAAGACUUUUAAUAAAAUCAACAAUGAUUCAUUAUUAUGCACUGCAAUUUGUGCAUGGUAAGUUAAGGAGCAAAUACUCAGUAACAUAACCUUUUUAUAGCUGAGAGGUCCCUUACAAUCUAAGUCAAGUGUCUUGUUUAAGGCGUUGCGCUCUUGUUCUCACAUAACUUCCUCAUAUAGUUAUUCCUACCACCAUGCUACAAAUCGGUCUUCUUUUGUCAGUUCUCUGUAUUAUCCGUGGAUAUGAAAAUAUAGCUUUGAAUAAACCAACUUGGCAAUCACAUCCGUUUUACUCUUCAAUCUAUCAAGAUGGUAGUUUCCACUCCAAUAACGUUGUUGAUGGUCUAAGGACUGAUCUUUCAGCCUUCGGAGGACAAUGUGCUAUAUCAAAGGAUGGGUACACAUCCGCCACCUUGUGGGUAAACUUGACGUCCAUCUACAGUAUACACGACAUAAGGAUAUAUUACAGGACGGAUAAUAGUCCUUGGGGUCCCUCAAAUGGUUACACAACACGUAUUUUAGGAUUUUAUGUCUAUGUUUCCAACACGACAAACAGACUUGACGGUUAUCUAUGUUUUCAUGACACAAACUAUACAAGAUCCACAGUUCCAGCCGUUAUUGAUAUACCGUGUCCUGUACAUGGACAAUUUGUGAUCUACUAUAACGAGAGACCUCAGAAUUCACCAUAUCAAACACAGUACUCCAAUUAUGCACACACUGAAUUAUGUGAAGUUGAGGUGAAUGGUUGCAAGAAAACUGGAGCAUAUGGUCCAGAUUGUUCUCUCCUCUGUCCUGAUACCAACUGUCGUUAUUGUCACAUAGAGACGGGUGCUUGUCAGGGAUGUAAACCUGGGUAUAAGGGACAUCACUGUGAACUACAAAAUUUAGCUCUGAAUAGACAGACAUGGCAAUCCAAUCAAUACAAUCCAGAUAAUAGUCUAUUUGACUCCACCAAUGCUGUAGAUGGACUUAAAAAUGAUCUCAGGGCUUGGGGAGGACAGUGUUCUAUAUCUGAUGAUGGAUACAGUACGUCGACCUGGUGGGUCAUCCUGGACGCAAUCUACAGUAUUCAUAAUAUUAUGAUUUAUUACAGAACAGAGAACACUAUUUGGGAUGCAUCGAAUGGUUAUACAGCAAGAUUUCUAGGUUUCUAUGUUUACAUAUCAAAUUCAACAAACCGUCUCGAUGGUCAUCUGUGUUUCCACGAUACGAACUACACCAGUUCAACAAUACCUGCAAUCGCCAAUAUCAGUUGCCCCGUUCAUGGACAAUAUGUCAUAUACUUUAAUGAGAGAUUUCCAGGAGUAAUAUAUCCAAAUGGAUAUUCUAAAUAUGCAUUUAAUGAACUCUGUGAAGUGGAAGUCUAUGGUUGCCGAACUGGCUUCUAUGGACCAGAUUGUUCCCUCCCCUGUCCUGACAACUGUCGUUAUUGUCACAUAGAGACUGGAGUGUGUUCCUGGUGUAAACCUGGGUAUCAGGGAUAUCAGUGUGAAAAUGAAUGUGACGGCAGAAGAUAUGGUCAGGAUUGCGGGUUUAAAUGUGGAGCGUGUCUGGAAUAUAAACAAUGUAAUCAUGUCAAUGGUUCUUGUCUUGAAGGCUGUGAUGCUGGGUUUAAAGGAAUAGUUUGUGAUCAAGAGUGUUUGGAUGGAAAGUUCGGAAAUAAUUGUGACCGAGAUUGUAAUGAAAACUGUGGUGAAGCCUUUAAAUGUAACAGAACGACCGGAGAGUGUGAAGGUGGAUGUCAACCAGGCUGGGAGGGACUUCAAUGUAGCUAUGAAUGUUCCAAUAAUAAAUAUGGCAUAAACUGUAGCCAGCCCUGUGGUAAAUGUCGGCAGCCUUUAUCUUGUCACCACAUCAAUGGAUCUUGUUUAACUGGAUGCGACAGGGGUUUCUAUGGAGCAUACUGUUUACAAGAAUGCAGUCCAUAUACUUAUGGGUUUGAUUGUAUACAGAACUGCAGUGAGAGUUGCGUAAAUAAAACAUGUAACUCUGUCUUUGGAGAUUGUGAAGUUUAUGGGGCUCUUACUCAGAAUAAGGAUGAAAGCAAUCAAAUUGCAAUCUCUGGAGGUAUCGCUGGAGGUGUCCUUGCCCUUCUUAUAAUUCUGAUCGUGGUGCUGGUAUUCAGAAGGUACAAUGCAAAUAAAGGAACUGAGAACAAGAAUAAGACUCAAAAGGCAGUGCACCGUGAAAAAGGAGAAAGUGUGAAAAGUGUUUCUGGCAUUGAUACAAACGCUCCAUCAUCUUCAAAGGGAGAAAAAAUUAAAAGCUCCAAGAAAAGAAAAUAUGAGCAAAAUUUGAUGGGUAAAAAUGAAGAUAACCCCCUAGCUGAAGUUGAUAAAGAUGAAAUAGUUCACUCUGAGAACCCAUAUGGAGAAAUAUAUAUAAAUGAUAUAGCAACACCGGAUAUUCCGAUGAGCCGGUUAGAAAAUGUUAUCACUGAGAAAGGGAAAGAUGAUAAUGAAGGAUUUCAAAAGGAGUAUGCAACGUUACCCUACGGUGAAAAUUACAAAUGUGACGUCGGAAAAAGGACUGAAAAUAUUCCUAAAAACAGAUUCAAGACUACAUUUCCUUAUGACCACUCUAGGGUAGUAUUAAAGACAGAUUCAGACUACAUACACGCUAACUAUAUAGAAGGCGCAGAAAGAGAAAAUGAGUACAUUGCUGCACAAGGACCGAAACAGAACACUGUUUGUGAUUUUUGGACAAUGGUAUGGCAGGAAAAUGUGACUGUCAUUGUUAUGCUGACAAAUCUCAAGGAGAGCAAUAAGAUCAAGUGCACCCAGUACUGGCCAGAAAGAAACAAACACAUUAAUUACGGAACUGUGUCUGUGAAAAUGCUUGAAGAAAAAGAGUACGCAUUCUACAUUGUACGAAAAAUUACUGUUAUUCAUAAGGAGACAAAGAAAUCACGUGUGGUGACCCAGUUUCACUACACCUCUUGGCCAGACCACGGAACGCCGGAUCCUCUUUGUCUUGUUGUCUUCCUUGAACACGUGACCAGAAAAGGGACCAAUUCGACAAAUUCUCCAACUACUGUUCAUUGCAGUGCUGGAAUUGGAAGAACAGGGACAUACAUAGCAAUAGACGUUCUGAACAAGAUAGGAAGAAAGACAGGGAAAGUUAACAUAGCAGAAUAUGUCAAGAAGAUGAGAGAAAAUAGGAUGAAUAUGGUCCAAACAUAUGAACAGUAUAUCACUAUUUUCCUAGCGUUAAAUGAAAUAUACAAAUCCCCUGUGAAUGUACACACAAUUGACGAGUUUACCAACAAGGCACAAUCUAUCACGAUGGACAAACCAGCCAAUCAGAGCGAACUUCAUAAAGAAUUCCAGCUUUUGAUGAAAGUGCGACCUACAUACACUGACUCUGAUUACAAAAUAGCCAAGGAGAGUUGUGGUGAUGCUUACAGGAAUGGGAUACUUCCUUUGGAUAAAUUUAGUGUCUAUCUUUCUCCAAUCGUCCCAAAGAGAGGAUGCUUCAUCAACGCAAUAUAUAUAUCAUCUUACACCAACAGUAGAGCGUUUAUAGUGACGCAGUAUCCGCCGACAGAGGACGCUGUUGAUUUUCUGCGCUUGCUCAAUGAUCAUGAUUCUGAUAUCGUCAUCUGCAUGAAUCCUCUGGAUCAGAUUGAAUCGACUAAAGCGUGGCUACCUACUCCUUCCUCUCCAAAGAUUGUCACUCCUUUCAAUGUUCACUAUCAAACAAAAACCGGAUCUGACGUCAGAAAAACCGUACUGCACGUCAUGCAGAAUAAUAGUGAGGAGGAACCCCAUUCAGUUACAAUUAUUGAUCCGAACGUCACCAUUGGGACAUCCGGAAAACCUCUAGACACAUCCAUGCUCAGAAGCCUGGUAUCAAUCGCCCUGAGUUACGAGAAUGAGAAGCCGAUUACAGUUAUCAGCAAAGAUGGAGCGUGCCUGUGUGGCGUUUUCUGUGCCCUUCAUAACGUAAUACAACAGAUAAAUAUAGACGACUGUGUUGACGUCUUCACUGCCGUCAGACAACUUCAAGUUAGAAGACCGGAGUUCUGUGCUAAUUUUGAUGAGUAUGGUCUGGUCUUUAGAUCUGUAUAUGAUCACAUACAAAGUGCCAGAGAAACCAUUUACAGCAAUCAGUAAAGUGGUGGAUCCAUAUGUGGCGAAUAUUUCAAAAGCAUUAGACUUACAGUGCAUCUUUAAUGCAAUAUAUCUCUUGUAUUGUUAUAGUGCCUAUUCAAAGAAGCUGAGAAAUGUGAAGAAAACAUUUUAGAACCUGGAGACAGAAGGAAAUAUCACUGAAUACAUGAUUUCACCU